UUUGUCAACUAGUCAUGCUCUCUUUCUACAUCUACAAAUACAUUAUGUGGACUCUGGAUAGACUCGAUUGGCUGGACCAGGUGCAAAAUUAUAAAAGCCUACUGCUUUCCAUCUGGAGCUUUUUGGGACUGAUGGGAAUGAAAAUCUUUCAUGGAUCAAAGGUGAUAAAAUUGGUCAACAGAUAUCUGCGCAUUUUCCAUCGAGUUAGAACUCUGCCCGUGGAGAAGAAAAUUGGAUUUGGAAAUAGUAGAGACUUUUUUCUGAUUCUUUUGACACUGUGCUGCCUAUGCCACGAGUUUGUCUUCUAUUCGGAAACAUUACUAUAUAAUCAUACGUUUGUGGAUAUUAUAGAUUGGUUCUGCUAUGUCUACGUGGUCACUGUCAAUCACAUCAUGAUGCGGAUUCAUUUUUUCUGGUACCUCAGUGUGGGAGUUUUAUAUUCUGACCUAAACGAAUACGCCCGCAGCGAGGUAAAGAACUUAAGUUUUCCUCGAGGAAACCAAAGAAAAACUCUACGCCGAUUAAAGGAGUGUCUCAAAAUGUACGAGGAAAUUGCUUCCAUCACCAGCACUUUCCAGGAUAUAUUCAAUUUUCAUCUUUUCUUGACUCUGGUGCAGAUAUUUUUCUACGUCUCAGUUUACUCCUACGACAUGAUACAAUUUUUGAAUUUUCAUGACAUCUGGAGGUGGGGAUUUUUUCUAAAAAUUAUAAUGGAUUUUCUUCUAUUAAGUGUGGCUAUCCAUGGAGCCGUAAAUCAAUUCAAGGGUAUUCGCGAUCUCCAUUUUGAAAUGUGUGGCUUUGGCGGAUGCCAGGAAUGGCAAAAAAUGUUGGAAAAUGAAGAGGAAACUGUUUAG